GAGAGGCGGGGAAGAGGAGGCGAGGAGGAGAGGUGGCGAGGAGGCGAGGAGGAGAGACGUCAGCAUCCGCCCGCCAGCUCCCUUUGUGUUCGGCAGAUAAGGCGAAUGGCGAGAGAUGACAUGGCCGAGGCAGACUCGGCACCAGGCGGGGGGGAGCCCGCCGCCCCGGAGACGCCCUCGGCGUUCGCGUACGAGGAAUACGAAUGCAAGAUCUGCUACAAUUACUUCGACCUGGACCGCCGGGCGCCCAAGAUCCUGGAGUGCCUGCACACGUUCUGCGAGGAGUGCCUGAACACGCUGCACCUCCGGGAGGAGCGGCCGUGGCGCAUCAGCUGCCCGCUGUGUCGACACCGCACGCCGGUGCCGGAUUACCGGAUCCGGAACCUGCCCAACAACACCAAAGUGACGGAGGACUUCCCGCUCUACAUCGACUCGGACCCCCUGCCCCAGGACGCCCUGCCGCCGCAGCCUCCGCCGCCGCACCCGGCGCUCGUCGCCCUCCGCCGGGAGGAGGCGUCGGGAGACGGCCGGGCCGCCCCGUCCGCCGCCGCCGCCUCCGCGGCCACCGCCCUCUCCCAGGACUCGGUCCGCUACGACAGCUGUCAGAGCUGCAAGAGGGUGGCCCUGACCACCGGAUGCGUGUGCGUCAUCUUCUCCUUCCUGUCCAUGCUGGUCUUGCUCUUCAUGGGUCUCAUCUUCGUGCACAGCCACAGCGUCCCCCCCUCCCCGGCGGGACCCAUCUGCCUGUCGGUGGCCAGCAUCCUGGCCAUGUUCUCCGUGGUGGUCACGUGGCUCAUCUGCUGGCUCAAGUACAGACCCGACCGUGACGCCGGACGGUCUUCCGCCACCGGAAACUCCCGGAGGAACGCCUGAGCGCCUCGGGGGUCUUAUUGCCGGCCCUUCCUUUUCUACCCAACUCGUCCUGGACGGCCUUCCGGUUGGACGGUUUGGGGCCGACCCGAUCCUCGGUCGUCUUUUCCUUGAUAUAUGCACCCACCCACUCCAGUUGGGAUUUAGAACUCAAUGUUGACUUCUUCUAACCUGCCUGACGUCAUACGCGUAUCACACUUACUGGAGGAGAUCCGACCGUGGGAAUCCACCAUCAUCUCAAGGAGAUCCGACCGUGGGAAUCCACCAUCAUCUCAAGGAGAUCCGCCCUUGAGAAUCCACCAUCUUCUCAAGGAGAUCCACCAUCAUCUCAAGUAGAUCCGCCCAUGAGAAUCCACCAUCAUCUCAAGGAGAUCCACCAUCAUCUCAAGGAGAUCCACCAUCAUCUCAAGGAGAUCCACCAUCAUCUCAAGGAGAUCCACCCAUGAGAAUCCAUCAUCAUCUCAACUUUUUGUUCUUGCUGAACGUUCCAAAACUGUAAAUAUUCCUGACAUCUGUUGAGGUGUGCUUAGAUGUUCUCAGCUCUUGAUGCACACUUUGAUUCUUCUCCAGCUUUGCGGCUUUAGUAACUGCCCCUGUGCAGCAGGGGUGUCCAAAGUGCGGCCAGUGGGCCAUUUUCGGCCCACAGCUCAUUUUUUACUGGCAUAUUUGACACAUUCAAAAAUAUUUCAUUAUUUUGCUUUAUUAGCUGUCACUACCACAGGGGCGUCCCAGGGGCCGGUUUUGGGCCCACAGCUGUUUUUUGUAUUGGCGAUGUCAGCCAGAUAAUGUAUAUAAUAACUUCAAUAAGACUCAAAUACUAUUUUUUAAGUCCCCAAAUAUUGUAUAUACUAACUAAUACGUUUAAAACGUCGCCCUCACCGGAUUGGUUUUAGCAUCAUUCAUGUCCAAAAUGUACCAAAGUGGCCCCCCACCCUGCAGAUUGGCACCAGUGAAAACUGCACCUCCUCCAGGGUUUCCAGGAUCCACUUGGUGUUGGUCUCUUUACCUGCACAAGCGGCUGCUGAAGGUGGACUUUUGUUUUGGCUUUUUAACGGAAGGGACUCGGGUCCCGGACUCCUGUGCCUCACCUUUUGCUCACCAAGCCACUGCGCAAACAAAACACAUCGUUUUUACAUUGUAGCAUUUAUUGGAGGUCCGGUUUGAAGUUUCCUAGUCUCACGGGGUCAUAAUGCAAAUGUAGUGGAGAACACUGAACCCCUUCCUGAUCAUCUCCAUCCAGAUGUUGGAGAAAUGGGAGGAAAUGGAACUGCCUGUACAAUCUACUCUCAUGGUACACGUGAUACCUAAUCAAGUACUACUGCUACUACUGGUGCAUUUAUGGUACACGUGAUACCCAAUGAAGUACUACUACUACUACUGGUGUAUUUAUGGUACACGUGAUACCUAAUCAAGUACUACUGCUACUACUGGUGUAUUUAUGGUACACGUGAUACCCAAUGAAGUACUACUGCUACUACUGGUGUAUUUAUGGUACACGUGAUACCCAAUGAAGCACUACUACUACUGGUGUACUACUGGUGUACUACUGGACUGUGUUCACUGCAAUCCCAAAAGCCUCUUUUCACCCUAACAAGAACCGUUAUUAGGACCCACAAAAACCUCCAAGUUCUUGUAUGCUCAUGUGAGGAACACAAAAGCUGACAUGUGAAAGCCAUGCAAGAUCCCAAGGUGACUGCAAUCCUCACCUUUCCUUAACUUAUCCUUAACUUAUCCUUAACUUAAUCCAACCAAGCACUUUCUCCCUCCUUUUCAACGCAUUCUUCUAUUUAUUGUUGGCUUUUAUGAGACUAUGUUGUUGUUGUUGUCGUUGAAGUACCCGAUGUAUUUGCACAGAGAAAGGUUCUCCAACAUAAACACAUUUCCGUAAUAAAGGAAACAUGAAUACACAUAAAA